CUUUUUAGGCUAACAAAGGCAGCACCCCAGGCAGGUGCUUCUUAGGGUGCACCAUGCUUUAAAGUUUCCGAGGCGUUGUCACCCCCUCCACCCAGACUUAGAGUUGUGUUGAAUAAAACGACAGCAGCCCAACGUAGAAACCUGGGGUCGCUCACAGGCCCCCAGCCCCCAGGCUCUGCUGGCAGCUCCCCCGUGUGGGCAGGAGGAGGCAAAUGCAGACGUGCACCUGACAGAGAGGGGACGGGGGACCAGCCCUGGCGGAAGACUGGGCAGCAGCACAACGGAGGGCCCACCCCACCCACCCCAGGUCACCAGCGCCCCAGGCCACCCGGACCAAACAGCACAACAGACAAGUUGAAUCAAAGAAGCAAGCUGCAGGAGGGCGCUUAGACGGAAACCCUUUCACAGAAGGUUCAAGAGUAUCGCCCAGGCUGGGUCCAUCCCCAGCCCCAUUUGCAAGGACUCGACCCGGGCCAGGGUCCCACUGGGUGGGGUGCCAAGGAGGAAGGAGGACUGGGAGGUGGGCCCACCCUGGGCCGGGGGAGGGGUCACUUGCAGGGCGGGAGGAGGAAGAGGAGCCAGGCGCUUCCCGAGGAGGAAGCGGUGCCUGGAUUUUCCCCAGGUGUGGCCGCAGGUAUAAAGGGCGCCAGGAGCCGGCAGCAGCCAGGGCAGCCGCCAGGGCACACGCGCUAGGAGCCCAGCCGCCGCCGCGAUGCUCUCUCCUGGCCUCCUGCUUCUGGCCUGGCUGCCCGCCUGCCUGGCUCGCCACAGCCCCCCACUCCGGGCGGGGGCCCCGCGCUGCUACUCGGCCGAGGAGCUGUCCCUGGGCCACGCCCCCCCACACCUUUUGGCUCGAGCUGCCAAGUGGGAGCAGGCUUUGCCGGUAGCCCUGGUGUCCAGCCUGGAGGCGGCAGGCCGCAGGAAGCGACAGGCGGGGUCCCCGGGCGGGAUCCAGUGCCAGGUUCUGCAGCCCGAGGAGGUGCUGGAAGCAGACAUCCACCAGCGCUCCAUCUCUCCCUGGAGAUACCGCGUGGACACGGACGAGAGCCGCUACCCGCAGAAGCUGGCCUUCGCCGAGUGCCUGUGCAAGGGCUGCAUCAGCGCCAAGACGGGCCGCGAGACCGCCGCGCUCAACUCCGUGCCCCUGACCCAGAGCCUGCUGGUGCUGCGCCGCCAGCCCUGCUCCCGGGACGCUGCGGGGGCGCCCACGCCCGGGGCCUUCGCCUUCCACGCCGAGUUCAUCCGCGUGCCCGUGGGCUGUACCUGUGUCCUGCCCAGGUCUGUCCAGUGACCACUGGCUCGGCUCCCCGACGGGCCAGUGGAGGCUCUCUCCAGAGAGGCCUGUCCUACUUGUGUAUUUAUUGCUUAUUUAUGAGCCCCCGGGGUCCCCGGGCGGGUCCCGAGGCCCCAGGCUUCAAGGUGGGAGCCUCCAGCGGAGACCAGGCCGGCCCCAUGCUGGGAGACUUAGUUCACGCUGCUGCCGCGUUAGCGGCUGGGCUGGAAGGCACGUUUUCGCUCUGGGAGCUGACGACCAGUUGACGGCCACCUCCACCCACACGGCCCCCCAAGCUCCCCUUACCGCUCACCCCAUUGCUGGCCACCGGCUCCCUCGUCCCAGCCCCCUGGAACAAGCACCCCUGUGUCUCCAAAGCAAUGAUUCGUUUUUCAUAUGAAAAUGUGUUUUUUCAUGGACACGGCCCCCAGAGCACAGCGUCGCACGGAGCAGACGGAGGGCAGCGGGGGAAGAGGGCCCAGCUGUCCUGCAGAGGCAGCCGCUGCCCGCUUCUGGCAUGUCCCCUCCAGAGAGGUCUGUGCCCAAACCCAAGUGCGCCCAGCCCAGGGUUUUUUUUUUGUUUUUUUUUUU